UUGAACUCAGGAGGCUGAGGCUGCAGUGAGCUGUGAUGGUACCGCUGCCCUCCAGCCUGAGUGUCAGAGCAAGAUCCUGUCUGUAAAUUGUAACAGUAACAGUGAUAAUUGUACCACCUAUACACGUUCCAUCCAUACCUCCCCGGUAUUGUGCACUCUCCAUACAAAGGUAUGAAAAUUCCCAGAAAACCUGUGCUUGCUCAGUGCUAUCUGGCCUAUUUGGCAAAUGCAGAAAUAGGCUCACAGAAGGGAUGUCACUUGCCAAAAGCCACACAGCCGGCAUGGGGUGGCACUGAGACGCACACCCGGGUCUGGGCAGCGUUAAAACCCCUGCCCCACCCGUGGCCCUCCCCAUCUCCAUGUUAGCAUGGAGCCCUGGGAUGUUUGGGGAGCCGGUUUUCUGUUUCUGUGUGUGUUUGUGGAGAUUGCCCUGAUCUUUCAGGCAUUCUGCCCUGGAGAGCCCCUUGGGGCGGGGGCUUCCUGUCUCUCUUGCUAGGACAUGGCCUUGGGGCUAAGGCCAAGAAGAGUCAAGGUGGGAGGGGAGUGGGGUAGGUGUGGUGGGAUGCUUGGGGGCUGCCCCUCCAGCCUCAGACAUGCCCGGAGUCUGCCCAGAGCCCCUCGCUGGGCCCUGGCUGAGCCACUGCCAAGGGCUGAUUCUCAUCUCCUAACUGAUUCUGCCAGCUGGAGCCAAGGUGGACUCUCCCCAUAGUCUGGGACGAGUGCCCAGGACCCGGUGGUGUCUCUGAGCUUCCUUGUGUCACCUUCUCCCCACCCAGCACUCCUCACAUGCUGCAGGGAGGUGCGCUUGGGUCUUGGAGAGUGUGGCCUCAGUCCCCUGGGGCUUCUGAGUGCAUCCAGGCUGCUCUGCUGACCCUAGAAGGUGACCCAGGAAGCUGUGAGGUCAGGGGGAGGGAUGGGCGGCAAGAGCAGGUCACAGCCCAGCUGUGACCACCUAUGUGGACAGAAGCCUUCCUGUCUCCACUGCACGAAGGUAGUACUGAGGCCACGGAUGGAUUUGCCACCUGUGACAUACGCCACCAGCCUGUGUGUCUGUGCCCCCAUACUGCCACACAGUGCGGAGCAAGGGCUGCCCAGGACCGGUGCCGUGGGGAAGUGACGGAGGAGCCAGUCCUGCUGCAGAAUCCGAGAUAGAGGUGAAAGUGAGGAAGUACACUGUGGCCGUUGAGGCAGCUUUCUGUAAAUCGCUGCCUGGAGGAACACAUGAUACCAGACCAUCCUCUUUGCAAAGAAAGUGAGGUUGACCUACGAUAUCAUCGUAACAUGACUUUUAGCUCAGGCCCGGGGCAUGGCUGGCUGUGGCCGUUCAUCUCGGCCUCCAGGCCCACCACACAGAACACACAGAAGCUGGGCCCACCCCUGCCCUCCACCCAAAGGGUCACGGGAGCGGCUGUCUGACUUUGAAGCCCACUCACUUGCAGCUGACAGGAGAAAAGCCCCUCAAACGGUGUCUGCAUGACGUUGGACUGCCAAGGGCUCCCGGACCCCUGCAGCCAAGGUCCCCUGGCUUGUGAUGACUCUGGGGGGCAGCGGGGCCCGUCCUGGUGCUGAGGAAUCUUUCCUGACUUCCUUUUCCUCCCUCUCCUCCCCAGGGCCUGGCUUGGCCUGUGCCCUCCAUUUUCUACCCCCCUGUUCUGGGAAUUGUGGGUGCCCCCAAAGCAACUUCCUGGGGAGCCAUGCUCAGCAGGUUUGGGGGGCACUCAGGGGCUUGCCUUUUGUCAGACUCCCCGGUGGCCUGGUGCGGGGACUCUGGGGACCACAUUUGGAAAACAUGGGCCCCCCAGUUUUUGACUAGCACAUGAGGUGCCGCACUGAGGGGCCAUUGUCUAGUGUUUAGUGCAGAGCUGACUGGAGAAGUGGGAGGACUAGGCCCUGGGAUGGGAGCAAGGUGGGCACAAAGGGGCUGCCACCCCCCAGGAUCUCCUGGGUUUCACCAGUGCCUGCAAGGGGCCCCUGGAGCUCACCUUGUGAAAACGCAGGUGUCCGGUCAUACCCCAGGGGCUCUGAUUCACAGGAUGGGCCAGGCCAGAGAAUCUGAAUUUCUUUUCCCUUUUUUUUUUUUUUUUUUGAGAUGGAGUUUUGCUCUUGUUGCCCAGGCUGGAGUGCAGUGGCAUGAUCUUGGCUCACUGCAACCUCUGUCUCCUGGGUUCAAGCGAUUCUCCUCCCUCAGCCUCCUGAGUAACUGGGAUUACAGGCAUGUGCCACAACACCUGCUAAUUUUGUAUUUUUAGUAGAGAGGGGGUUUCUCCAUGUUGGUCAGGCUGGUCUUGAACCCCUGACCUCAGGUGAUCCACCUGCCUUGGCCUCCCAUAGUGCUGGGAUUACAGGCAUGCAUGAGCCACUGCACCCAGCCAAGAAUCCAAAUUUCUAACAAGUUCCUGGGCAAGGUCAAUGCUGCUGGGCAGGAGGACCACACUUUGAGGACCACAGGUGGACACCGGCAGCUGCAGACCCAGCUGGGACCAGGGCAGAGGCCAAGUCCUCCCCAUUCCUCGGGAGCUGCCUCAGCCGCAUGGUGAUAUCGACGUGGCAUCUGCAUGGGGGGACCGGAGUUCAUCCUCGCUGAGUGCAUCUUCCUUCAUUUUACAGGCACUGACUGGGACAUCUCCACAGCCCCCUCUGCCCUGGGAUCACCUGCCACCUCUGUGUGAAAGCAUCAGCCAGGAGUCCAAGAACUUCCUUCUGGAGCCUCACACCCCCAGCGUGGAGCCUGGCAGGGAACAGAUUCUCUCCAAACCUUUGUGAAUGAAUGAAGGAUGAUGUCACUCGAAUCCAUCCCCGUUUUAUAUUUUAUUUUUAUUUUUAAAUUUUAUUUUAUUAUUAUUAUUUUUUUUGAGAUGAAGUCUCACUCUGAGAUUCAGAGACAGGAAGCCACUUACCAGGGGCACACAGGAGGAGACCAGUGAGUAGGACCUCUGGUCCAUCUGGGAGGCCACCAGGCAGGCCUCUUCUCAGAGUCCUUGGCCUCUGCUUGAUGAGCCAGGAUUUUUCACCCACUGUGGGCCCAGUGGGCUGAGAGGACAUGGGCUAAGUGUCGGAAGCUGCAGAACUGAUCCCUCCUACUUGGCUGGAGGCUCGCAGACUCAGCAGGCUGUGGGGGCUGGGGAGGGUGGACGACGCACAAAUGCACUCGUGACCACAGGCUCAAGAGUGACAGUGCCUGUCAGGAACCGGGAGGCAGGGCCUGUCUUUUCUUGCUGUUUUAUUGCCUUCAAAGUCUGGACCAAGUGGUUUCUGGAUGGAGUCACGGUAACCUUGCGUCUGUUCCAGCAAUUCGUUCACAAAACAAGGGCCAACAUCUCGGUGAUGCCUCUGAUCCCCCCGAGCCUGUCUGCAAAUGGGAAAAGUGUGAUUCCAUUUAUCUCCCAUUUAUUGAGCACCUGCUACGUGCUGGGCUGGAUGGUCUAGCUCAACCUCUACAGCCCACAACUGCUGUCGGUUUUGUGUCUUGUGUUUUUCACUUGAUAGUGUAUUGUGCGCAUUUUCUUGUGUCCCAAAGGUCCUUGUGAGAGAUGGUGUCUGGAGAGCGGGUAUCGCAGGGGCCUGCUGCCUGGCUUACCUCUUCCCAAACUGGGGCUCCUCUGUGCUGCCUCCUCUCUGUCCAGCUCCUCCUUCGAGGCCUGGCUUAAUUCUACCUCCUCCACAAAGCCCUCCGUUCCCUCGCUCCGGGCCAGUGCGGUCUCCUUUGCAGUCACUGGCUCUCUCCUUGCCUUGCCUCCCCCUGGCCUCCUAACCUUCUCCUUCUCUCUCAUGGGGUGAUGCCUUUUCUCUUCCUCUACAUGCAUUAGGUCUGAGCUCAAAGUCACCUUGUCAGAGCCCCUCCCUGGACCACCCUGUGUGAUUAUCCUGUGGGCUUGUUCCUGCGUUUGUCCCUGAGCUCACAGGGUCUGGUUGUUCGGUAGAAGGACUCCUGUAAAGGUGCUGGGUAACCGAAAAACACAGAAGAUCUAGCAGUAAAAAUAAAAGAAAGACCAGGCGCGGUGGCGCAUGCCUGUAAUCCCAGCUACUCAGGAGGCCGAGGUGAGAGGAUCACCUGAGGUCAGGAGUUCGAGACCAACCUGGCCAAUGUGGAGAAACCUCUUCUCUACUAAAAAUACAAAAAUUAGCCAGUCGUGGUGGCACACACCUAUAAUCCCAGCUACUAAGGAGGCUGAGGCAGGAGAAUCGCUUGAACCCGAGAGGCAGAGGUUGUACUGAGCCCAGACCGUACCACUGCACUCCAGCCUGCAUGACAGAGCAAGACCCUGUUCCAAAAACAAUAAAACAAAAUAAAAAUAUUGCACACUCAGUUAAAUAUGAAUGUCAGAUAAGUACCGAGUAACUUGGGAUAAAUAUGGAAUGGAAUACACAGGCUAAAAAUCUGUUUUUACCUCAAAUUCAAAGGACACUCAGCAUCUUGAAUUUAAUCUGGCAACUCCAACACCUCCCACCCUCUGCCCCUUGUCAGGCAAGCUCAAUAGCGAGGCUGUGUGCCCCGCCCUCCGCAGGGAACCUGAUCUGAAGCACGUGCUGGAUCAGUAAGUACCCGUUGCUAGAGCCAGUGAUGGGUCCCCGCCCCCGCUGGGGAAUCCAGGGGACCCACGCCAGCCCAGCCAGGUGGAAUCGUCGGGAACAGAGGGCACCUCCUUCUCUGCAAAGACCAGUGCAAAUUAAAAGAAGUUUGAGAUGCAGGCUGUUUGAUCCAAGAGAUGCUUUUUAAUUAUUGUCAGACAGCUGUGACUGACUGAGCACCUACUGCGUACCUGGCCUCACACUGUUCUCAUACGCAACAGCUCUGCAGGAAGCCAUUCUUACUGGUAUUCAGAGAGGGGCAGACCUGGCCUCGGAUCGCACAGCCGGGAGCUGGACACUGAGCUCUCUCCAGCCAGCUCAGGUGCCACUGACUGCAGCACCUCCCUGUGGCACCAGACCAGGGCCUCUGAGGCCGCUUUAAAGAGGUUCUUUGAGAAUGGCACACUUACUGGGCAAAGGCUCAUGCGUGACCCUGAAGUUCUUGAGCAAGCCACCCUCUCAUCACGAAGUUCAUUUAUUCAGUGCACCCUGUGUUCCCAUCCACAUUUGGUGCACAGGAGAGCCCCCUGCUCAGGAAUUUGGAAUUAAGGAGGCUUUGAAUGAACGAGGCUCUACUGAAUUUAAAUUCUAGAUGGGGCAGGGAGGGACCAGGUACUGGUGAGCUGUAGAUGAGGCAGGGGUUCGAAUCCAGCCUCUACUGUUUCUCAGCUCUGUGUCUUUGGACAACUCACUUUCUCUGGCCCUCAAUCUCGCCAUCUUUAAAGAGGGGGCGAAAUGAUUUCAGAUACCCCAAGGCCCCACGAAGUGCUAGUGACUGAGGUCUGCUGGUGUUGAAGGUGACUGGGAACGGGGUAGGGUCCCAUUUUCCCUGGGGGAACCUGGCCCUGUGUCUGAGGUGCCCGUGGCAUCUCUGCUAGCUGCACCUGGUUUCUGACUCACCCCAGGGAGCUGCCAGGCAGAGGAAACUGCUCUCCUGGCCUGGGCACCAAGCCGAGGUCAGCCAAAAGCCAGGUUUCCUGAGACCUGCCUUCUAGGCUACGGGCCUGCUGUAGGGGCUGGUGCAUGUGUGUGUAUGUGUGUUCAUAUGUGGAGUGCACACGUAUGUAUGUGUGCAUGUGUAUGUGCACGUGUACGUGUGUCUGUGUGUGUGCAUGUGUACGUGUGUCUGUGUGUGUGCAUGUGUGUAUGUGUAUAUAUGUAUGUGUGUUUGUAUAUAUGUAUGUGUGUAUGUGUGUACACGUGUGUAUGUGUGUAUGUGUGUGUCCACGCGUGUAUGUGUGUAUGUGUAUUUGUGUGUAUGCGUGUAUGCGUGUAUGUAUGUAUGUUUGUAUAUAUGUACGUGUGUGUAUGUGUUUACAUAUAUGUAUGUGUGCGUGUGCAUGUGUGUAUAUAUGUAUGUGUACGUGUGUACACGUGUGCAUGUGUAUGUGUGUACACACGUGUAUUUAUGUGUGUAUGUGUGUGCAUGUGUGUAUGUGUGUAUAUAUGUAUGUGUGUUUGUAUAUAUGUAUGUGUGUAUACGUGUGUAUGUGUGUGUGUCCACGCGUGUAUGUGUGUAUGUGUAUUUGUGUGUGUAUGCGUGUAUGUAUGUGUGUUUGUAUAUAUGUACGUGUGUGUAUGCGUGUACAUAUAUGCAUGUAUAUGUAUGUGUGUGUGCGUGUGCAUGUGUGUAUGUAUAUAUAUGUGUAUGUGUGUACACGUGUGCGUGUGCAUGUGUGUACACAUAUGUAUGUAUGUAUGUAUGUGUAUGUGUUUAUAUAUGUACGUGUGUGUACAUAUGUGUAUGUAUAUAUGUGUAUGUGUGUACAUGUGUGCAUGCAUGUACGUGUGUGUACACGUGUGUAUGUUUGUAUAUAUGUAUGUGUGUGUAUGUAUAUGUAUGUGUGUGUGUAUGUGUGUAUAUGUGUGUGUGUGUGUGUGAGAGAGAGAGAUGAGGAGGCAUGGGCUGCAGUCUGCACAGAGGUGGGGGUGGGGGCGGGCUCCCAUAUUUUAAACUCAUCACCUGGCUGGGGAAGCGGCUGUCCUUGCUCCAGAAACGUGUCUCUGUAGCUCUAUAUUCCCAAAUUGUCAUCACUGUCCCUCACGUGUGCUUGGAAUAACACUCAACCUCCUCCAAGGCUCCCAAGGCCCCAGAAGCCUGCUCCUGCCCGAGGCACUCACUUCUGCCUCAACCCCACCCUGUGGCCACCCCGAACACCUCAAAUCCUUUCCCUCCUUGCAGGCCUUGGUCUGGGCUGUACCGGCCAGCGGGACUCCUUGUUCUCUCCACUCCAUCCCUCUCUUGCUCUGCCUUCUCCAGGAGGCCUUUGUGAAUGCGCUGCGGACACGGGCUCUCCCAUGAGUGUCUCAGCCCCGUGUUUGCCUCUCCCCAGCCAGGGUAGAGGCUCCUGCAUGCUGAGUCCUUAUCUGUGGUAUGCUGACCCUAGUGGCUAGGCAGGGCCUGGGCCCCAGGACCCCUCCGGAUCUGUGGAGAGAAGAAGUCAGAGGGCUGCGUGAUUUAAACCCCAUGUGUGUGGAGAGAGCCAUUCUCCCCGCCACAUAUCCAUCCGUUCAUUUGUCCAUUCAACCGGCCUGGGCGAUCAGGGUUAAAGAGACACUGGCUCCUGCCCUUGUGAAUCCUGCUCCAGGUGUGUGUCGGGGGCUGGGGGCGAGGCUGGCACUGGGCAGGUGAGGACCGAAAGCAAACACCACCUGGCGACCUCUCUGUUUUCUCCCACACAUUCUCCCUUUCUGGAUGUUAAGAGAUUAAUAUAUGCAAAUACCCUUUUCCUAUGGUGGUUUUAGCCUCUCACUCUGUGGAUUAUGUUACUUGAUUUAAAUACAUCUUCUCCCCACCAACAUAUACAUGUAUAAAUCCUAAACACUAAAUAAAAUCCCCUCAUUUCCCAUGUGCUGCGGAGCUUCUAAUCCCAAGUCCUGUGGGCAUUUCAGCAGUUAAGAUGGUUCAUGGGGGCUGCGGAGAUUUUAUUUGGAAUAUCAAAUACCUGUCCCUUAAUGGAGUUUGCUAAUACCAGCCAGAGGGGGUCAAGGGAGAAGCUGGAGCUGGAGAGGGGGUGGGAGGAGCCUCUGGAAGGAAAGAGGCGUGUGAGCAAGUGAAGAAAGGUUUGGACCAGAUGAGGGGGUCGCACAGCAAGACUGGAGGGGACAGCUGGAUCUGGGCGCAUCGGAGGCCCGGGCAGGACUGUGGGUUCAUUAGAAAACAGUUGAGGAGACCUGGUAUGGAGGCUCCACCUGUCAUCCCAGUUUGGGAGGCUGAGUCAGGAGGAUUGCUUCAGCCCUGGAGUCUGAGACCAAGCUGGGCAACAUAGUGAGAGCCUGUCUUUAUGAAAAGUAAAAAUAAAAAAUCAGCUCGUCAUGGUGGUGCGCACCUGUGGUCCCAGGUUAUCAGGAGGCUGAGGCAGGAGGAUUGCCUGAGCCUGGUAGGUAGAGGCUGCAGUGAGCUGUGAUUGCACCACUCCACUCUAGCCUGGGAGACACAGUGAGACCCUGUCAAAAAAAAAAGAGAGAGAGAAAGGGAGGAAGGGAGGAAGGGAGGGAGGGAUGAGGGAGAGAGAGAAGGAAGGAAGAAAGAAAGAGGGCUGGGCGCGGUGGUUCACGCCUGUAAUCCCAGCACUUUGGGAGGCUGAGGUGGGUGGAUCACGAGGUCAAGAGAUCGAGACCAUCCUGGUCAAUAUGGUGAAACCCCAUCUCUACUAAAAAUACAAAAAAUUAGCUGGGCAUGGUGGCGUGUGCCUGUAAUCCCAGCUACUUGGGAGGCUGAGGCAGGAGAAUUGCCUGAACCCAGGAGGCGGAGGUUGCAGUGAGCUGAGAUCGCGCCAUUGCACUCCAGCCUGGGUAACAAGAGCAAAACUCUGUUUCAAAAAAAAAAAAAAAAAAGAAAGAAAGAGGAGGGAGGCUGGGCACGGUGGCUCACGCCUAUAAUCCCAGCACUUUGGGAGGCAGGUGGAUCAUAAGAUCAGGAGUUCUGGACCAGCCUGGCCAACAUAGUGAAACCCCAUCUCUAAUGAAAAUACAUAAAUUAGCCAAAUGUGGUGGCAUGCACCUGUAAUCCCAGCUACUUGGGAAGCUGAAGCAGGAGAAUUGCUUGAACCUGGGAGACAGAGGUUGCAGUGAGCCAAGACUGUGCCAUUGCACUACAGCGUGGGUGACGGAGUGAGACUCUGUCUCAAAAAAAAAAAAAAAAAAAAAAGAAAGAGAAGGAAAGAAAGAGAAGCAAGCAAGCUAUCAAGGAGAGUUUGGGGACAAAUCUGGAUCUGGCCAAACUUGGGCCUCAGCCUCCUGGCCAAGCAGGAGGGCUCCGGAACCUGAGUAUCACCAGGUGGGUCCCUGUACUUCCACAGUCAAGGGACAGAGUCCGGGCUGGCCUUUGGGCACCUGACCAGCAGGUGCAUGGUGGAGACUCGCCGAUCCUCGCCUGAAUGACCCAGGAACUUCCCCACACUGUGCCCGGCACCCUCUGGUCCUCCCCUUUCUUCCUCCAGGAAGACCGCCCCUCCUCGGAGGGAAGGCACA